AAGUCCAAUUUACAGUAUGAUUGUUCAGACAGCUGGAAAGUGCAUAUUGUUUACUUUGCACCCCGGAGAAUGAGAUCCUGCCAGGUGCUGAAGGCUCUGAGCUCUGUACUGGGUUCUCACAGACACAGCUCCUGUGCAACGUGCACAGAACCAUCCAAAAGGGAAGAACAUUUACAAACAAGUGCGACCUCGACAGCCCAACCCCCAGCAUCCUCUCUCUGCUUCAGAGGAUAUCAGGCAAUCAUUAGCAGAGGAAGUGAUUCAGUGAAAGGGAACCUCUCGUGCGUAUGCUCUCACGCAGCUGCACCUUGACAGUGUGUGGGCUGGGCUCUGUUAACACAAGCUUCAGCAGGGGCUCGCAUAUACAAGCUGCACAGUCCUCUGAGGUCUGGUGCUUCCCCCAGUAUUCGACGAGAGUUCUUUUAAAGAGUCUCCUGGGACUCUUUUCCAUCUAAAAGAAUCAUCCCAGGCCGUUGCCGCUGCCUCCAGUCUGAAUUGGCAAGAGAUGUCCACCUACAAGCGGGCGACGCUGGAUGAGGAAGAUCUGGUAGACUCAAUCGGGGAAGGGGAAGUUUAUCCUAAUGGAAUCCAGGUAAAUUUCCGUGGCUCUGGGAACAGCAGGAAUUGCUGGACAGAACGCACUCACAUUGAGAAGCGUCUCCUGGUCCUGAUCGUGGUUCUAGCACUCAGCCUCUUGGCCUGUGUCCUAGCCCUGGGAUUCCAGUACCGAGAUAGGCCGUCCAAGUCGUGUCUGACGGAAGCCUGCAUCUCCGUGACCAGCUCCAUCCUGAGCUCUCUGGACCGGACAGUGAGCCCCUGCGAGGAUUUCUUCAAAUAUGCCUGUGGUGGGUGGAUGAAGGGAAACCCCGUUCCCGAUGGCCACUCGCGCUGGGGCACCUUCAACAACCUCUGGGAGCACAACCAGGCCAUCAUGAAGCACCUUCUAGAAAACACCACAUCAAACAUGUCCAGCGAGGCCGAGCGCAAGGCCCAGCGCUAUUACCAGUCCUGCAUGAACGAGACCAAGAUCGAGGAGCUGAAGGCCAAACCACUGAUGGAGCUGAUCGAGCAGCUCGGUGGCUGGAAUAUCACGGGCCCCUGGGACAAAGAUAACUUCAACAAGACCCUGCAGGAGGUCACGGCACACUACCACACCUCACCCUUCUUCUCCAUCUACGUGAGUGCUGACUCCAAGAACUCCAACAGCAACGUCAUCCAGGUAGACCAGUCAGGACUCGGGUUACCUUCCAGAGAUUACUACCUGAACAAAACGGAGAACGAGAAGGUACUUACUGGGUACCUGAAUUACAUGGUGCAGCUGGGCAUGCUCCUGGGAGGGGCAGAUGAGGAGGCCACCCGGCAGCAGAUGCAGCAGAUCUUGGACUUUGAGACAGCACUAGCCAACAUCACCAUCCCUCAGGAGAAGCGUAGGGAUGAGGAAGUGAUCUACCACAGAGUGACAGCCGGAGAGCUCAAGAACCUGGCGCCAGCUAUCAAUUGGAUGCCUUUCCUCACCACUGUGUUCUACCCGGUGGAACUCAAUGAAUCCGAGCCAGUGGUGGUCUAUGCCAAAGAGUACUUGGAGCAGGUCUCCAGCCUCAUCCAAGCCACGGACAGAUGCCUCCUGAACAGCUACAUGAUCUGGAACCUGGUGAGAAAAACCAGCUCCUUCCUGGACCAGCGUUUCCAGGAUGCAGAGGAGAAGUUCAUGGAAGUCAUGUAUGGGACCAAGAAGACCUGUCUGCCACGCUGGAAGUUCUGCGUCAGCGACACAGACAACAGCCUGGGCUUUGCGCUGGGAGCCAUGUUUGUUAAAGCCACGUUUGCAGAGGACAGCAAGAAAAUAGCCGAGGAAAUGAUUACAGAGAUUAAAACUGCCUUUGAGGAAAGCCUGGCUACUCUGCAGUGGAUGGAUGAAGAGACGAGGAAAUCUGCCAAGGAGAAGGCAGAUGCAAUCUAUGACAUGAUUGGCUACCCCAAGUUUAUCCUGGAUCCCAAGGAGCUAGACAAGGUGUUUCAUGAUUAUGAAGCUGUCUCCAGUCUCUACUUCGAGAACGUCAUGCAAUUUUAUAACUUCUCUGCCCGAGUGGCCGCUGACCAACUCCGGAAACCUCCAAAUCGGGACCAGUGGAGUAUGACCCCUCCAACAGUGAACGCCUACUACUCCCCCACCAAGAAUGAGAUUGUGUUCCCAGCUGGGAUCCUGCAGGCUCCUUUCUACACCCGCACCUCCCCCAAGGCACUGAACUUUGGUGGCAUUGGCGUCGUUGUGGGCCACGAGCUGACUCAUGCCUUUGAUGACCAAGGGCGGGAGUAUGAUAAAGAUGGAAAUCUGCGCCCUUGGUGGAAGAACUCCUCUGUGGAGGCCUUCAAGCAGCAGACUGAGUGCAUGGUGGAACAAUACAGCAACUACACUGUGAACGGCGAGGCAGUGAAUGGCAAACACACUCUGGGAGAGAACAUUGCUGACAACGGGGGCCUCAAAGCUGCGUAUCGGGCUUAUCAAAAUUGGGUGAAGAAGAAUGGGAAUGAAGAGGCUUUGCCGACACUUGGCCUCUCCAACAACCAGCUCUUCUUUGUGGGAUUCGCCCAGGUCUGGUGUUCGGUUCGCACCCCGGAGAGCUCCCACGAAGGACUCAUCACUGACCCACACAGUCCAUCACGUUUCCGAGUCAUUGGUACCAUCUCAAACUCCAAAGAGUUCUCUGAGCACUUCCACUGUCCUCCCGGCUCCCCUAUGAACCCCCAGAAGAAGUGUGAAGUUUGGUGAAAAGAAAAGGACCAGGAAAUAGUGGAAACCAACUUUUGGUUUAUUGUUCCUUCAUCAAGAAUUGAAUUUCCCAGGCUCUCUGCUCAAAGGGCAGUUUCUUCUUUCAACGAACUGUCAAACUCUCAGCAGGAAUGGAUCCCUGAGCUCUAGGUAUCAUCUGCGAUUCUAUCUACUGUGAAAACCUUUCUUAAUCUCACUCACUUGUGAAAUGUCUUUUUUUUUUUAAACCUUGCAUAGGGUGUGUGUAUAUAUGCAUGUGUCUGUAUGCCUUGACCCAUAUUUACACAUACACAGUUAAGCCCCUGUCCUGUCACAGGCUUGAAGACUUUUUCUAAUUGAUAAAGGGAGACCCACAGAUGAAAGUGGUAACUGGUUUGACUGUGUAUCGAAAUAUGCCCAACAUACGGCUAAUCUCUCCAGAGACACAUGUGCAUAUAUAUAUAUAUGUAUGUGUGUGUAAAAUAUUUUAAAAUAUAUUUUUGGGAAAAUAUUUUUUGAACAUUAUGAAAUACACUGGAAAAGUUCAGGGAAAAUGCAUUUAAAAGCCUUUUUUUUUUAAGCAAAAGGAUUAGUAUAUUUAUUACUUUUUUUAAAAAGUAGUGCAACUAGAUAUGAGAAUUUCAGUAGAGACCAUUCCACUGAAACACGGGAGACUGAAGGGUGUCACUGAGGCAACAAAUUAACUUUGCAGCCCUGGAGACCAGGAUUCUUAUUGAACCCCUCGGGUUGCUAACAAGAUUGAAGAACUGCCUUCUAGUCCGUUGUGGACACUGGUCCAGUGCACAGUUGGAAGAGUCUGUUCAGAGCCAGGAUGGCAAUAGCCAGCUGUAGCUAGCUGGAAUUGAGCAGCAGUAGAAGACGGUGAGGGUAAGUGCCAUGAGAGAGGUGCAUGCACUUAUAGUUGGGUGACAGGCCCUGAACAUAUCUCUAGAGCUUUAUUUGCAGGCAAACGCUUGCAGGUCUUGGAAGCCAUAUUAAGCUCUGCUGAUGUACAAGGUCCAUUACAGAAAGUCUCUCAGAACCGGAAACCAAAGAGAGAUUCAUUCAUUCAUUCUAUAAACUUUCCAUCUGUCUUGAGUUGGUGACAAGGUGUUUCCUCUCUCCUCUCUCUUCUCCUGCCCCCUGCAGCAAGCUAAGAGCAGCACGCUGUGACUUGGAUACACUGGGAUCCCAACCACCACCUAACUUGUCUCCAGGCAGCUGUACUUGGGUAUAGUGAAAGCUGCAUUGUAACUUUAAACCUUCUUGGGCCAUCUUUAACUUCUGGAUACAAAGGGAGAGGAAGGCAGACGGCUGCACUAGAUUAUUAAAUUAUGAGCUCUCUCUUUGUCUUACUGCUUUAGAACAGCCCAAGCAUAGACCAACCCUCUGCAUGU